ACACUUCCAUUGCUGAGAUUUGAGUGUAUAUAAAGUACACUCCAUGACCCUUUCUCUACACUUGUAUCACAAUUAGACUUUUUUUUCUCUUUCUCGGUGAGCAAGCAGAACGAUUAGAACACUUAGCCCGCGGAUUUGCCGGUAUCUUGGUCCGAAACUCUGUCGACUUCAGUGGCAAGAGCGGUGUAUUUAUCUCAAUUCCAAAUAGAGUUUCUGGGGUUUACAUAAAAGCAGCAAGAGGAACAAGAGUUGUACUGGGAAUUUUCAAGAAAAAAUGGCAGCAUCAACACCCAUACCACACACAAUCUACUUUGGUCCUUUCGUCCACAGCAUAUCCCUCAGCACGCUAGAAAUCGAGCCCAAUGGCGCCAUCGGUGUGGACUCCCACGGCAUCAUCCGCUUCGUGAAUCGCAACGUGGAGUCUUUGGCCUCCCUUCUCUCUUGUCUGGACACUGCCUGGACAGACGCCAAGGUCGUCUCGAUCAGCGAAACCAGCAACGGAUUCUUCUUCCCAGGCUUCAUCGAUACUCAUGUCCACGCGCCCCAGCACCCGAAUACCGGACUUUUCGGCAAGACCACACUCCUGGAUUGGUUGCAAAAGUACACAUUCCCUACUGAGUCCUCCUUCUCUGAUGUCAAACGUGCAUACCGCGUGUACACAAACUUCGUCUCAAGAACACUCUCGCAUGGCACAACCACAGCUGCAUACUACGCCACCAUCCACGUCCCUGCCACCAACACCCUCGCCGACAUAUGUCUGGAGCGCGGCCAGCGCGCCCUCAUAGGCCGCGUUUGCAUGAACAGCGACCUAAGCCCAGAAUACUACCGCGACUCCAGCGCAGAACAAAGCUACCUAGACUCCAAAUCCAGCAUCGACUACAUCCGCUCCAUCGACCCAAAAGGCACCAUCGUAAAGCCAAUCAUAACCCCGCGCUUCGCCCCCUCCUGCACCCCCGACUGUCUCAGCGCCAUAGGCCGCCUAGCCCAAGAAACAGACGCCCACAUCCAAACCCACAUUUCCGAAAACAAGGGCGAAAUCGACCUCGUCAAGAGCUUAUUUCCUGAUUCAAAGAGUUAUGCGGAUGUCUACGACUCCCACGGUCUCCUCACCGAUAAAACAAUCCUAGCACAUUGCGUCCAUCUUACCCCCGAGGAACGCCGCUUGAUCCUCGCCCGGAAAAGUAAGAUUAGCCAUUGUCCUGCGUCGAAUACAGCUAUUACAUCCGGCUGUGCGCCCAUCCGCUCGUUGCUAGAUGAGGGCCAUACGAUUGGCCUGGGCACAGACAUAUCCGGCGGAUUUUCGCCUUCCAUCCUAGAAAAUGUGAGGCAGGCGAUUUGGGUAUCGCGACACCUGUGCAUCCAGACGGAUUCGGAUGCCGUUAAGCUAUCUACGGAGGAAGCCUUGUAUCUCGCUACGCGCGGCGGUGCUGCAGUGGUAGGGUUGCAGGAUAUAGUUGGCGGGUUUGAAGUCGGGAAGGAGUGGGAUGCGCAGAUGAUUAAUCUGGGGGCUGUGGGCGAGUUUGGGAGCGAGACGGGUGCGUUUGAGGAGGGGCCAGUGGAUGUGUUUGGGUGGGAGAGUUGGCAGGAUAGGGUGGAGAAGUGGGUGUAUAGUGGGGAUGAUAGGAAUACGGUUGCGGUUUGGGUAAAGGGGCGGUUGGUGCAUUGUACGGACAGGUAUCCGUAUCGGAAAGAGGUUGGGUAUGCGCCGUCUAAGGGGUGUACGCCCUGAGCUGUAGUCUGGGUUUUUGGUGUAAGAAAAUGUAAAUGGGAAAGUAUUUCUAGCGGUGUAUGUUGAGAAUAGAAGGCCUAAGACUUGAGUA